AUGGUCGUGAACACCAUAGGCUCAGUUACCCGGUAUCGAGACAUUCACUGCCCUGUGCCGUUUGAGGGUGGAAACGAAUGGGGGGAACAUGUGCAAACCGACGACACCGAACAGCUCCUCAAGCAUUUGAUACCCGCAAUUCAGACAGGUAUGGCCAGCCAGGGGCUUGAUCGGAAUUUCCUGCAAUGUACCAUCAUCAGCGAGUCACGCGGGUUUGGCGUCAAGAAGGCCCAUCGGUCCAUCGAAUACGACACUGUUUUUGAAACCGUGCUGUAUCCUGUGCCCGAACAAGUCAAGCACCCUAAACACAUUCAUCUCAGCCAACAGGGCGCAAGAUGGUACGGUGCGGGUUGGACUGCUAUACGGUACCUGGGCAAAAACGGGCAAGAGACGGAACUUUUUGGACUCGACGACAACCCGGCGAUGCACGUCGAAGGCCAUUUCUGGCUCACAACAACAGAAGGGAAUAGAUUGCCGGCGAACUACUUCAGACAAGAGUGCAGAUUCGGAGGUGUGGGCGUCAGCAACCCUUAUGUCCUGACCUUCGAUGAGCUUCCUGAGGAAGUUAAAGCGUCCGUCAAAGCUAAUUACGUUCUCUGGAAACUGGAAGAUGAAGCCGGCAGGAGCUUGCUGCAUGCUUCCGCGUUAGAUGACCUGACCGGUCUUGAAUUUCUUAAGCGGGAGGCGUCGGUUUGGGAGAAAAAGCACGCUGAGAGAAAGGUGGCUCGACAACAGGGGCAGGUCUUGGAGUAUGACGAAUAUCUCGACCAUUCAAGCGACUCCGACAUGUACAAUUACGCUGAUAAUCCAGAUGAGAGCGACAGUGAGAGUGACGAUGAUGAGGAAGACACCAGCGGCACGGUGUUGUAUGGCAACUUUACGCAUUCCUCACGAAAUUGGGUAAUGAACCGGGACUGCCUGGCGAAUGACAACGGACAUUUCGUCUGGCGCAAGGGCGGGAAUUUCAGCACAUCUGCAGGCAUGAUCCAGGCCACCACCCGAAGCGGUUGGCUCGAGGAUGAAUUGCAGAACGCGAGGGGGAACUGGACUUACCGCCAUAUUCCUCUGGACGAACGAAUUUCAAACCAGGAUGGCAAGCUGGUAUUCUUGGACCCGGAGGAUGACGAGUGA